CAGUGUGAGCCAAGAUGGCAGGAGCGGAGGAUGAGCCGAUGCACCUCUAUGAGGUGUUUCAGAACUGUUUCAAUAAGAUCGCGAAUAAGCAUACCGAUAAGGCCGUGUACUCGCCUGGGUAUGCUCCCGAUAACGGCAUGGGCGUGAGUGGUGGAUACGUGGGCGGGGCGGUAGGUGGCGCCGCUGGAGGCCCAGACGGAGCGACCUUCGCCCCAGACUCCCCGUACUUCCCCUUCACUAGUCCCUCGCGGCGGCCUCUCCCUCACAACGCGGCUGGGACGAAGAGGAAAAAAGAUGGUCUCGACGGGCCGGAGAUAGACAGUGGACCUCCACAACAAUGGGUAAGUGUAUACAAUGGCGGCGUCUGGGGGAUUACCCCCAUCUGUACACACGCCUGGCUCAUUCACCUCCACUAUACUGCCCUCACGUCGCCGUCUAUGUUGUUGGGCUGCUUCUUCAUCCACUAG